AUAAAGAACGACACUUUACGGGGAAUGAAGGAGUUGGAUGACAGAUUCCACCUGUUAGACGAGACAUAUUGCCAUUAUUGGACAGCAAACAUUUUGUACCAGUAGUCCCCAAUACUAUAUAAUUAUUGAAUUAUGUCAGACAAAUUGGGAGCAUCAGGUCAAGAUAAAGUGAAAGAUCAAGGAUCAACACCAGGAAAAAAGAAAGACAAAAAACCAAAAGGUGGAAAGGGAGGUAAUCCGUCUGGUGAUUGUAAAGGUCAACAGAAAACAUCCGAUGGUAGCAAAUCUCCAAGAGCAAAGACAGAAGAGAAGCCCACAGAUGUAACAAAUCAAACAGACCCAAGUAAAGGACAAAAACCUAAAGGACAACAGAAGACCUCAAAUAAUGGUAGUCAGACAGAUCCAAACAAACCACAGAAAAGUAAGGCAGAAUUAAAGGCCGAGAGAAGGGCAUUACAGGAACAACAGAGGGCUUUAAAAGAUCAGAAAAAAGAAACUGGAACUUCUGGUUCAAGCAAGGAUACCAGCUCUGCUUCAGUGGCUAAGAUAGAACCUAAGAGAGUUCCAGACCAUUUAAUGGCAGACGAUGUUCAAGCACAGAAAAAAAUGGCUAAGAAGUUAGAGAAACAGAAAAUACCUCAACGCACAAAAGUUCAACGUCAAGUCAGGUUGUUUGAACAUCUACACCAGUAUGAGAGGGAGGUGUCACUAACACAAAGUUUAUCUUUUAGAAAUUCCACUAUACAUCCAGCCAUAGUUAGACUAGGGGUCCAGUAUGCUGAAGGUGUUAUUUGUGGAUCUAAUGCAAGGUGUCUUGCCAUGUUAGUGGCAUUUAAACAGGUAAUAGCAGAUUACACAACACCAGCACAUAAAGAACUGUCAAGGGAUUUAGAGGCUAGAAUUAAACCAUAUAUAAGUUUUUUAAACCAGUGUCGACUUAUGUCUGUUAGUAUGGGAAAUGCCAUAAAAUAUCUAAAAUAUAAUAUAUCAUGUGGCACCAGAGAUCUUUCUGAUAAUGAGGCAAAACAGAACUUAAUCGAGAGUAUUGAUGAGUAUAUAAAGAUUAAAAUUAUCCUCCCAGCAAAAGCUAUCUCUACAUUUGUUAUAGAGGACAAGAAGAUAGUUGAUAAUGAUGUCAUUGUAGUAUAUGCUUGUUCGUCAUUGGUGUUAAGAGUUUUACGUACAGCACAUGAACAUGGUAUAAAAUUCAGAGUUAUUGUGAUAGAUGGACGACCUAGAAUGGAAGGUAAAGAGAUGUUAAGAAGACUGGUGAGAGCAGGAAUCAAAUGCUCCUAUAUGUUGAUUAAUGCUGUGUCAUAUGCCAUGCAAGAGGCUACCAAAGUGUUCUUAGGAGCUCAUGCCUUGCUAGCUAAUGGAUGUGUGAUGUCCAGGGUUGGCAGCUCACAAUUAGCUCUUGUAGCCAAAUCAUUUAACGUGUCUGUACUAGUCUGCUGUGAAACUUAUAAAUUCUGUGAAAGAGGACAGACUGAUAGCUUUGUAUUGAAUGAACUUGGUGAUCCUGAUGACCUGGUCAAUAUUGGAAACAAGACAGCCUAUUUAUCUGACUGGAGAGACUAUAAUUCAUUAACAUUAUUGAAUGUGGUUUAUGAUGUAACUCCACCAGAGUUUGUAUCCGUGGUGAUCACAGAACUAAGACUGAUUCCUUGUACAUCUGUUCCUGUUGUGUUAAGGAUGAAACAUGUGGAAACAGCAGAAACAUGAUUUCAAAUGACAGAUUAAAAAUAAAAUAAUUUAGAUAA